GUGGGAGGUAAAAGAGGCCGCAUUCGGGUUCGGUUUGAUAUUGAACGCUCGCUUGGACUUGUUGGUACGGAGAUCCUGGGAUUUCGCUACCCCUCUGCUUUGACAGUCUACUCUUGUGGAGGCGUCUCCUCAAUUUACAGCCUGCGUUGGCAAUUCUGCAUCCUCACGAGGUUCGCCCCUGACGCCGCCGCUCCAUCGCGAUCUCACUCCGGAAACCGCAAGCUCCGCCCGUUCACUGCCUCGCCUCGACGCAAACCCAGCCGUGUCAUAUAUUCUUUUGUAUUGAAUCUGGUUUUGAUACGAGAAUAGCCACGGCUAAUUGAAUUGACCAUGUAUCUUGUGUCGCAGGCUCUUGAAUAUGGGGCUCCCCUGUUCCUCAUUACCUCCCCUUUGACGUCUUAUGCGGACCAGAUCCUCAGUAUCCACCGAUCCCGAAACUCGGCUGGGUUUUCGCUGGACAUUCCUUUGAUUAUGCUUGUCGCGUCAAUCCUGAAGGUCUUUUACUGGUUUGGUGCUACAUACUCCCUUUCGCUUUUGAUCCAGGCCGUCAUCACCGUCGGGGUGCAGAUCGUCUUGUUGAAGGUUGCACUGGACAACCGGCCAUCUCCAGGUCUGAAGAACAGCGUAGAGCAUGUCCCUUUUAGCAGUGUGGACAACGGUACAGGUGUUUCCAGACCCUACGACUUCUGGCAGUGGAAGAGCGCAAAACCGUACUGGAUGUUUUUGGCCUACUUCAUCGGCGCCCUCACCUUCAUUCAAGUCCUCCUCCCUCCCCUUGCCUACUCGGAGCUCUACAUCAACAUUCUCGGAUACGUUGGCCUCGCUGUGGAAGCCACGCUCCCGCUGCCGCAGAUUCUCAAGAACCACAAGUCCCGGUCGUGCGCAGGAUUUCGGGUGUCAGUGGUUGCUGCUUGGAUUGUCGGUGAUAUCAUGAAAUUGAGUUACUUCUUCUGCAGCCAGGAAGUGAUUCCCUGGGCCUUCCGCAUGUGCGGUCUGUUCCAGUGCGUUUGCGACCUGUACUUGGGCUUGCAGUUUUGGAUGUAUAGUAACGCCUCGUUCCGGACUGCGGGCAGUCCCCGAGGACCCAGUGAGAGCUAUAAUGUGGAGGAGAAGGACAUCCGGAUGACAUGAACGAGAUGAUACACGGCCGUGGGAUUUCCGUUGCUUCCGUUGGCGUUGUACAUAUAGCUUAGCUAGACGCGUCGGACCUGUGCUUUGGUUCGACCUUGGGGUUCUCGGGCGCGUAACCCACUACUACAAAAGGAUUAAUAGUAUAUGAUAUACAGUGUAUCUGUCUGCGAGCCAGAGUUCGUACAUGUAUAUAAUUAAUACCAUUCGGUGG